AGAGAGAGAGAGAGAGAGAGAGAGAGAGAGAGAGAGACGCGCUGAAGAGCUAACGUUAGAAGGAGCGCAGAGAGAGGCAUCUCUUCUCCGGUUCAAUCGAUCCACCGGAACUGGACGGGCACGGGAAUCAGCCUUGGUGCGCGUGUGAGGAGAGCGAUAUCGCCCCUGGGGUAUUCUACCACGGGAGGGCUUCGCGUCUGACGGGGCGGCUGGAGGAUAGACGCCGUCAAAAGCACAUUGACAAAAGUCCAAUUACGUAAAGAGACAGACUCCCGGCGACAUAUGUGAUUCGAAGGGGAUUAUCUCUGCAAUAUCAGAUCCCACAAAAAUCAGCCACCCUCUCUGCCGAGCUAAAGCCAGGUGUUGAAGAGCCGAGAAGAGCAAACGAGCGGAGCGAGGGAAAACCAAAAAACAAAGUGUCCGCGGGUAGGAACCAAAAUAACAGCCUUAGUGCUGGAUCCCCCGGGGAGCCCCAGAGAGGACGGACCCUUGAGACGACGGAGGGUGCAUGGAGCGCUCGAGGACGGCGGCAGCAGUGCCAAGCUCCUCCGGGGCCUGCCUCUGGCUGGGUCUCGUUGCCACGGCGCUCACCUUCAUGUGCACGGAGGCGCGCGUCACUCCCGCCCCCGUCACCCUCGCCAACUCCACAUGCAGUGAGGACAAGUCCAAGUGCUCACCGGGCAUCCUGCUGCCCAUAUGGUACCCGGAGGACCCCACCAUGGGCGACAAGAUCGCCCGGGUCAUCGUCUACUUCGUGGCCAUGAUCUACAUGUUCCUGGGCGUGUCCAUCAUCGCGGACCGCUUCAUGUCCUCCAUCGAGGUCAUCACCUCGCAGGAGAAGGAGAUCGUCAUCAAGCGACCCAACGGCGAGACCAUCACCACCACCAUCCGCGUCUGGAACGAGACUGUGUCCAACCUGACGCUCAUGGCGCUUGGUUCGUCGGCGCCCGAGAUCAUGCUGUCCGUCAUUGAGGUGUGCGGCCACGAGUUCCGCGCCGGCGAGCUGGGGCCCGCCACCAUCGUGGGCAGCGCCGCCUUCAACAUGUUUGUCAUCAUCGGCCUGUGCGUGUCGGUGAUCCCCGACGGCGAGGUGCGCAAGGUUAAGCACCUGCGGGUGUUCUUCGUGACGGCGGCGUGGAGCGUCUUCGCCUACAUCUGGCUCUACAUGAUCCUGGCCGUCUUCUCGCCCAACGUGGUGCACGUCUGGGAGGGACUCCUCACGCUGGCCUUCUUCCCCAUCUGCGUCAUCCUGGCCUGGGUGGCCGACCGGCGCCUGCUCUUCUACAAGUACAUGCACAAGAAGUACCGCACCGACAAGCACCACCACCGCGGCGUCAUCAUCGAGACCGAGUCUCGGGAGCGGGCCAAGAGCAUUGAGAUGAUGGACGGCAAGAUGGCCAACUCGCACUUUGGCGCGGCCGACGGCACAGGGGUGCCCAGCAACCUCGUGGGGCUGAUUGACGCCUCUGGCGGCGGCUCGUGCGGCAAGGAGGUGGACGAGUCGCGGCGCGACAUGAUCCGCAUCCUGAAGGACCUGAAGCAGAAGCACCCGGAGAAGGAGCUGGACCAGCUGGUGGAAAUGGCCAACUACUACGCCUUGUCGCACCAGCAGAAGAGCCGCGCCUUCUACCGCAUCCAGGCCACGCGCAUGAUGACCGGCGCCGGAAACAUCCUCAAGAAGCACGUGUCCGAGCAGGCCAAGCGCAGCGCCAGCGUCCAGGAGGUGCGGGUGGACGGUGACCCCACGGCUGAGGGCGAGUUCGUGUCGCGCAUCAGCUUCGAGCCGGCCGCCUACCAGUGCCUGGAGAACUGCGGUGCCGCUGUGCUCACGGUGUCCCGGCGCGGCGGCGACAUCUCGCGCACCGUCUUCGUGGACUACAAGACGGAGGACGGAUCGGCCAAUGCCGGCGCCGACUACGAGUUCACCGAGGGCACGCUAGCUUUCAAGCCCGGCGAUGUGGUCAAGGAGAUCGCCAUCGGCAUCAUCGACGACGACAUCUUCGAGGAGGACGAGCACUUCUUCGUCCGGCUCACCAACGUGCGCGUCCUGGAGGAGGUCCCUGGAGUUGGCGGUGGUGGAGGAGGAGGAGAAGAGAUGGAGGACGAGGAGAUGCUCUCGCCCAACAGCCUGCCCUUCCCCAAGGCCGUACUGGGCUUCCCCGCGGUCGCCACGGUGACCAUCCUUGACGAUGACCACGCCGGCAUCUUUACCUUCGAGAGCGACAGUGUGCACGUCAGCGAGAGCAUCGGCAUCAUGGAGGUGAAGGUGCUGAGGACUUCCGGGGCGCGGGGGACGGUCCUCGUGCCCUUCCGCUCCGCGGAUGGUUUGGCUAAAGGCGGGGGCGAGGAUUUCGAGGACACCUACGGGGAGCUGGAGUUCAAGAAUGACGAGACCUGUAAAACAAUCCAGGUGAAGAUUAUUGACGAUGAGGAGUAUGAGAAGAACAAAAACUUCUUCCUGGAGUUGGCCGAACCACGAAUGGUUGACAUGAGUCUACAGAAAGCCCUCUUGCUGGCUGACGAUGUUCCGGACAGGAAGAUGUCAUCGGAGGAGGAGGAGGCGAAGAGGAUAGCGGAGAUGGGGAAACCCAUUUUGGGGGAACACGCAAAACUGGAGGUCAUCAUUGAGGAGUCCUACGAGUUUAAGAGCACGGUGGAUAAGCUGAUCAAGAAGACUAAUCUUGCACUGGUGGUGGGCACCAACUCUUGGAGAGACCAGUUUAUGGAGGCCAUCACUGUUAGUGCAGGAGAUGAGGAUGAGGACGAGGCGGGCGAGGAGCGGCUGCCGUCCUGCUUCGACUACGUCAUGCACUUCCUGACGGUCUUCUGGAAGGUGCUGUUCGCCUGCGUGCCGCCCACCGACUACUGGAACGGCUGGGCCUGCUUCAUCAUCAGCAUCGUCAUCAUCGGCUUCCUCACCGCCGUCAUCGGGGACCUGGCCUCCCACUUCGGCUGCACCAUCGGACUCAAGGACUCCGUCACCGCCGUGGUGUUUGUGGCCCUCGGGACGUCAGUACCAGUCCCCUAG